AUGCUUUCUGAUCAACCUAGCUACAUACCAGGAUAUACAGGUUUCAUUCCAAAACUCCAAAGUGUAGUUGGAGAAACCUAUGGCAACGCGACCCGAAAACUGAUUUCCCAUCAGGCCAAGUUGCUACGAUUAAGCCAUAGCACAUUCAGCCUACCUGGUCACAGGUAUCAUCCCAGCAGGCCAUUAAGAUGGCUGGAUAAGUAUUACUACCCUCAAUUGGCUCAAGAAGAUGGAAACACCACCUGUGAGUACCUGCCCACAAGUACUAAGAGAGCUGGUUCUGCUCGAAGGCUCGUCUAUGAUGGUGAUCCCCAAACCACUUCUGCUAUUCAGUCAAUAGAAAAGGUCAAGGCAGACUUAAAGCCACCACCAAAACUGAGGGCAACAAGCCAGCUCAGCCUAACCAAGCUGGCAGAGACUGUUUCUUCUACAACACCUAGUUUGCCCCCUGAUAAGGGUCUCUCUAGGAUCGUCCGUACCGCCAUCUCCAAAACAGAAAAUGUACAAAACACAGGAAUUCCAUCUUUAGCGCCGAAUAAGAGAGAGACCCUUCGUAAGCAACGAGGCAAACUGUUAUACAGAACUGACUGCGGCCUCCUUCCAAAUUACACUGGCUAUGUUCCGGGACACAAGUUCUCAUUUGGGAAGACCUGGGGAGCAAGCACGAGGGGCUCCCUGGGAACAAGAAAGCCGCAGCCUGUCCUUUGGACUUCUCCCAUGCGAGCAUAG